CAGUAGUGGUUUUCACUUUGUGACAGAGAACAGAGGGCCAACUCAGACAGACACGCUCACCACCUCCUCUGAAGUAUCCUAAGCAUCACAUGGUGUCAGGACCCUAAUAGACUAAAGACACCACAGACUCUAAUGGACAUCCUCAGCUUCAUCACAGGGUGCACACUUGUCUCACUUGGUCACUGUUGGAUGGUGAAGGUGCCCAAUACUGUGAAGGCAGUAGAUGGCAGCUGUGUAGAAGUGUCCUGUCACACCGCCCCCCACCACAGGGUCAUCUGGUACCAGUAUCAUAGCAUUCACUAUCCUAAGCUUUAUGAUGGCAAGGAACCGACCAGUGUGGAGAGCAGCUUUAGAGGGCGUACAUCAGUGCCAGGCAAUUCAGCAGAGGGGGACUGUACACUGAGGUUUGAGAGUGUGACGUGGAGAGACAAUAACCUCAAGCUCUACGUGUGGAUCAACCCUGAUGAGUCCGCUACACAACUGUUCCAUCAUCAGAUCGUAACAAUUACAAUUGAAAAUAGAAAAGCUCCUGCGUUAUCCAUGCAGAAUGCAAUGGUGGAUGGAGCCUUAUUCCAGGCCAACUGUAGUGUCUGGCAUUCCUGCCCGUCCUCUCCUCCAUCCCUUGACUGGAGCCGCUUGCCUGUAAAUUCUACAGCGGUGACGUCCAUGGAGGAAAAGGGAGGGCUGUGGGUGUCCACUGAGACAAUCCAAGGAAGAGGAACGUGCCAACUGCACAAAAAAGAGAUGAAAUGCACUGCUCAAUUUGCUACAGUCCAAACUGAGAGUCAAGCAGUCGUUCUUAACAUCUCGUAUGCCCCUGUAGGUGUGAAUAUGAUGGCGGAUGAACAGCCAGUCAGUGAAGGUCAUAGUGUCAACCUGGAGUGUGUUGCUGACAGCAACCCCCAGCCAGGCCGGUAUGUGUGGAUCAGACGACAGGGAGGCCAAAGCAUCCAAACGAAUUCAACUCAGGGAAAAAUGUCCUAUCCCAACAUUAGCCGAGACUCUUCAUUCUCCUGCAUUGUCCAAAACAAUAUUGGAUCAAGUCAGUCAGCCUGGCUGUUUCUGGACGUCAACUUCCCCGCAGCAAUCCUCUCUGACUCCACUUGCUCCUUGAAGGGUGGGAUUCUGACCUGUGUGUGUAGAGCAGAAGCCCGACCUAAUGCCACUCUGCGCUGGACGAUCAACGGAAGCAGCACUCUCCCAUCCUCCUUCACUUCCAUCACCAUAUACAGAGAUAAUACUGUGUCAGCAGAACUCACUGGGCCUGUGGAAAGUCGACCAAAUGUCUCCUGCGUAGCCAGUAACUCACUGGCCACUGACAUCCAGCAGCUGCCCCUUGACACAAAAUUCACAGCUGGACAGUUUCUGCCAUGGAUGCUGACUGCUCUGGCAGUUGGAAGUGUCUUCCUGGGAUGUGUAAUGUUUGUAUGCAGAAGACGUUGCAGAGAGAGGCCAAAGGCCAGCUCUAAUCUCAACACGUUGGAUAUCCCUCUAAGGCCAAAGGCCAGCUCUAAUCUCCACACGUUGGAUAUCCCUCUAAGGCCAGAGGCCAGCUCUAAUCUCCCCACGUUGGAUAUCCCUCUAAGGCCAAAGGCCAGCUCUCAUCUCCCCACGUUGGAUAUCCCUCUAAGGCCAAAGGCCAGCUCUCAUCUCCACACGUUGGAUAUCCCUCUAAGGCAAGGUGACAUGUCAGAGUCCCUAAGGUACAGCAAUCCCCAAAAACCACAGCAAAAGCCUGAGAGGACCAAGCCUAAGGCCAUGCCCAUGGCCAUACCCAAGGAGAAAGCACGGACGGAUAGCCGAUCGUCAGUCUACGAAAAUGACUUUGUGUCAAAGAAGCCUAGUCAAAACCCAGCAAAGAACAACGAGAAGAUCAAAUUACAAGAUAGCACAAAGGCUAUGUGUUCAGACAUGGAUGAUAUUUACCAAAAUUAUUGAACUACCAGUGCACACAACGUUUGCUUCAGAGUACAUAAUAAUAAUGUCAUCCAAUUGUUAUAAGCUGACGAUUGAGUGGUGUCACCUACUGUUUAAAGUCUAAAGUUGUUGUGUUUGUGCACCUGUCUGGGCUGUGUGGAUUGUGUUUUUUUUGUGUUUAAGUGAUGAAUGUAACCUAUGUUUUGUAUUGUAACUUUUGUAUCAACUUAAUUUGUGUGUCAAAUUGCUUUUAAAAAUGUGUUAAAGUGAACAUAAUUAUAACUUAAAUAAAAUACAUACAUUUUAACUUUUUCUA